UAGCUCAGUAAGUUGGUGUGACAGGCGGUAGCAUAAAUACGAGCCCACGAGGAAGCUGAGCUGGUGUGUAAUGAUAGGGCAGCAGCCGCGGCUGCAGCAAACCGCCUGCUCCCGGAGCCGAUGCCACACAGGUGCUCGCAGGGCGCCAGAGGAGGAAUUAGAUAGCGGCGGAGGCUAGAGCACACCCCAGAGUUUUCACCUGUGGACAAAACAGUGCCGAGCCGGCCAGUGAAAGCCAAGGGAAAGCAGAGACUGAUCAGUGAUCAGUCACGUCUAGGGAAACCAAAGUUGAAAGUUUGUUUUGUUGUUUUGUUUUGCUUUUCCUCUGUUUUUCUUUUUUCACUCCCCCUCCCCUGGUGUGACACUACCAUGGUCAGAAAGCCAGUUGUGGCCACCAUCUCCAAAGGAGGUUACCUGCAGGGCAAUGUGAGCGGGAGGCUGCCCUCCAUGGGGGACCAAGAGGCACCUGGGCAGGAGAAAGUGGUCCUGAAAAAGAAGAUCACUUUGCUGAGGGGGGUCUCCAUCAUCAUCGGCACCGUCAUCGGAGCGGGCAUCUUCAUCUCCCCCAAGGGCAUACUCCAGAACACGGGCAGCGUGGGCAUGUCCCUGGUGUUGUGGUCUGCCUGUGGAGUACUGUCACUUUUUGGAGCCUUGUCCUAUGCCGAACUGGGUACGAGCAUAAAGAAAUCUGGUGGUCAUUACACAUACAUUCUGGAGGUCUUUGGUCCUUUGCUAGCUUUUGUCCGAGUCUGGGUGGAACUGCUCAUAAUACGCCCCGGAGCUACGGCUGUGAUAUCCCUGGCAUUUGGACGAUACAUUCUGGAACCAUUUUUUAUGCAAUGUGAAAUUCCUGAACUUGCAAUCAAGCUUGUAACAGCUGUGGGCAUCACUGUGGUGAUGGUCCUGAAUAGCAUGAGUGUCAGCUGGAGUGCCCGGAUCCAGAUUUUCCUAACCUUCUGCAAGCUCACAGCAAUUCUGAUAAUUAUAGUCCCUGGAGUUAUACAGCUAAUUAAAGGGCAAACACAGCACUUUGAAGAUGCAUUUUCAGGAAGAGAUGCAAAUCUAAUGGGGUUGCCCCUGGCUUUUUAUUAUGGGAUGUAUGCAUAUGCUGGUUGGUUUUACCUCAAUUUUAUUACCGAAGAAGUAGAAAAUCCUGAAAGAAACAUCCCCCUUGCGAUCUGCAUCUCCAUGGCCAUCAUCACAAUUGGCUACGUGCUAACAAACGUGGCCUAUUUUACGACCAUCAGCGCUGAGGAGUUGUUGCUAUCCAAUGCUGUGGCGGUGACCUUCUCCGAGCGGCUGCUGGGAAAUUUCUCAUUAGCAGUCCCGAUCUUUGUUGCCCUCUCCUGCUUCGGCUCCAUGAACGGUGGCGUGUUCGCUGUCUCCAGGCUGUUCUAUGUUGCAUCCCGAGAAGGGCACCUUCCGGAAAUCCUCUCCAUGAUUCAUGUCCACAAGCACACUCCUCUGCCAGCUGUUAUUGUUUUGCAUCCUUUGACGAUGAUAAUGCUCUUCUCCGGAGACCUCUACAGUCUUCUCAACUUCCUCAGUUUUGCCAGGUGGCUUUUUAUGGGGCUGGCAGUUGCUGGGUUGAUUUAUCUGCGAUACAAACGCCCAGAUAUGCGUCGUCCUUUCAAGGUGCCUCUGUUCAUCCCAGCGUUGUUUUCCUUCACCUGCUUCUUCAUGGUUGCUCUCUCCCUCUACUCGGACCCAUUUAGCACUGGGAUCGGCUUCCUUAUCACACUGACAGGAGUCCCUGCAUAUUAUCUCUUCAUUGUCUGGGAUAAGAAGCCCACGUGGUUCAGACAAUUAUCAGACAGGAUAACCAGAACAUUACAGAUAAUACUAGAAGUUGUACCAGAAGACUCUAAAGAAUUAUGAACUUCAUACAUCAAAGUCCUGGCCAUCUGCUCAGGACUGAGAUACAAAAUGGAUCUUUAUUUCAAGAAAACACAACUUGGGUGAUGGACUAAAAGAACCGGUUAUUUCUAUUCAUAUCUUCUAGUGUAUUCAAACUAAUUUCUGGGCAGUUUACUGGUAACUCAGUAUAUUUAUAGAAAGCUAGUAUUCAAGUCAUACAGUGAGGCAAGCUCAGUUCUUGAGUCUGGAGAAAAUGACAAAGGGCAUUGGUUACUGGGAUAUGAUUCUCUGCAACAUUUCUUAUAGUGACUGAGAACCUUCAACUAGAAGACCAAAGUGUUUUCUGUAUGUAGGGUGUCUGUAAACAUAGCUUUACCUACUGGGACAUCUAUACUGUGAAAAGUGUUUUCUAUUUUUCUGAAAAAAGAAGUCAUUAUUGUGGCAAAGGGGUCAGAAAUAAUUUUAUUUUACAUAGACCUUGGAUUGUUUUCCUUUAGUGACCAACAUGGCUGUCACUUAUCUUUCAAUGGUUUAUAAUCAGAGCAUCAGAACAAAAGAUGGGGGAGUAUUGUGUAUGGGGGAGUAUUUUGUGUGUGCGCGCACACACACGUGUGUGUGUGUGUGUGUGUGUGUGUGUGUGUGUGUGUGUAUGUGUGUGUGUAGGUUGAGGUUGAACUCAGGGCUUUGCAAAAGCCAGGCAAACACUCUACCAUUGAUCUACAUCCACAAACCUUAAUUUUCUUGAAUGCCUUAAAGGAGCAUUUCUUGAGGCUAUUAUUCAUGAGGCAAUCCUGGGAACUGUGUUUGAAUAAAAAUCAUGGAGAAUUUGUUAGGUUAAAGACUAUUUCACCGAUGGUUGGGAGGUUUGGUGUUUGGAGUGCCACUUUGUUUUCAUCCCGGCUCCUUAGUUGUGGACAACGUGUACUUUUUGGUAAAUCAUGGAUGAACAACCUCCUUGGAAAUUUUAAUCACUCCAAUACAGCAUCAACCCGGGAGAAACUGCCCAUGGAACUAAACAUGGAGCUUUAUCUCUAUAAGCACGUUCAUAUACAGCGUUAGUAGUUCUAAUCACUUUUCCUUUCACUUUGUGGCUGUUUUUACACAGUGAUGAUUUCUGACAGUGUGUGCAUUCCCUUUAGAGUUCUGUUAAAGUAUGCCUCUGGAUAAAACUAUCUGGAUCAAUUAGGAAAAGCUCAGACUUACAUAAAAACUAUGGAAGAAAUGUCACCGCUUAGGAAGACAUUCAGCUGAUCUCCUAAAAUGUUUCUACUUCUAAAUCUAGGCUUGUCCAAUCGUUUCUUCCCUUUAAUUAUAAUUCAACUUGCAAAAGCAGUAACUGAACAAACCAAUUGGAAGGGAGUCUUCAGUAUGUGUGUUCAGCUGGGUGGUACAGGGUCAGGGUACAGGGUACAGAGAGAACACUGGGCAAUUUUCAACUGGGAUUAUUGUAAUGAUGGGAUUUUGAAACCCUUAUUUCUAACAUCCAAAGAUUAAAUGCUCAGCACGGACACAGUAAAUUUCAUCCCUUACAUUCUGACCACUUAAAAAUGAGAUGUUUAAAAAUUAUCCUAAUUAAUAAAACCACUGAGUUCAUAGUUAAUUGUCCAAAGUACAAAUGGUGAUUUUAAUCCUGAACAAUUCACCAAUUCAGCUUUUUAAAGCCUCAAUGACAUUUAAUGAAUACCCAAAGUUAACUUUUUUUUUCAAAAGGCCAAACCAAGUGUUUAUUUCCCUAAGUGAACUUGUAACAAUUCCUGCUGUUUUUACUAACAUGGGCUUUCCAAAAUCUGUGUCUAGUUUCUAGAACUAAAAUAGUGUUACUUUGUUGUCAUCUAUCUCUGGUAGAUGUUGCUGGAGGUGCAUAUUUUUAUAUUGCUAUUUUUAUACCAGACCCAUAAGAUUUAACGCGGCAGAGUCCUCUUCUUACCUAUGAGAUGGAGUAAAGCCAUGGAGAGGGUCCUUGGAGACUUGGUUCUUCCUGAAGCUAAUGUACUCUCUGGCUGGUUGGUCUCAUUGUAUUAUCUACUUGUCUUUCCUUGUGUGAGCUCAGGGUAUGCUUUGUUAUUCCUCCUCUCUUUUCAAAGAUUUUUUUGUAGCAUUAAAUUUAUAAUGCCAUUGUAAUACAUUUUAACCAAGCAUAAGAGAAAUCAAUAUUUCUUUAAAAUACUCUCCAUGGAGUUUUGUCUUAUUUUGAAGUUAUAUCCUAAGAGGACACAGCAUUUCUUCAAUCAUGGGAUUCAUGCUCAUAAUUGUUUUAGUGAGAACUUGUAAAAUAGACUUUUUACUUAGAAAUACUCCUACACACUUAUAAUGUGUGUUUUUAUACAAAGUAAUUUUUUUGUAUUUUAGAUUAAUGUGUGUGUAUGUACAUGUGAUUACAUGUAUUAAUGUUUGUGCUGGAUGCAGCCUAAACAGUUUAAGAUAUACAAUACUCUAUUUAAAAAUAUUCUUUGUUUAGUAUACAAAGCCUUGAACAUGUAAUUUUUAAAGCACCUAGAUUACCAAAAUUUAGGUGCAAUUUUAUUCUUCUCACACAAUUAUAUUUCCACUGAUUGAUAUUUUAACUGUGCUAUUUUGUCUCUUUUAAAGCAUUGGAUUCUCCCCUUUGAUUUCAAGUAGCUCUUAUAAAUGGUGGGUUUGCUUAGCUGGCAGGAGGACCAGCAUUGUCUUUCUUCAGGAGAUUUACCAUUUGUCCUAGCAAACAUGGCUCUGUCCAGUCCCACUUAUAAGAUUACAGGUGCACACCCACAGUCUGUGUGUGUUUCCCCUCCCCGCCACUCCCCCAACCCUUUGGGCUUAGGGUCUAGCCAGCUGACAGAGUUCCGAUCCCAGUGCUCCCAAGUCUCUCUAACACUAGAGUAUACAUUUGGAAACAUUUUAAUUUUUUUCAUAUUGCCUUAUGUGUCUGCCUAAAUUGUUUCCUCAACUGCCAUUGGAACAGCAACAGAUGGUUUUCAUGAAGACAACUAUUUAGCAGAAGCUCUCAUAAUAAGCCGGGAGCAGCCUUUGGCCAACUCACUGUUUUCUCUCAAUUUGCAGGUGAAUGAGAUGCAAAGAAAGAGAGCAUCUCCCACUUUUGUGGAUGUCUUGUAAGGGAGGUGUGCAAAGACAGCUCCGGGUCAGGAUAACAAGAAGUGCAGGGAGUCUCUGAUUAGCAGUAACCACAUUUCACUGUCCUACAACAAAGUCAGAGAAAUGUCAAAGCUUGUCUGUUGAAUGCAAAUGAGUAUCCUGAGAAGGUAAUUAAGCAGGAGCUUUGGUCUCUCCAGUGCACCCAAGCUCCUUCCAAGGUCCCAGCACUACUUUAGGAAGAUUGUGUUUUUAAAAAGGAAGACCCAGAAUUGGGACUGGCUCAGCUUCUGGGAACUCUGACUGCUCCUGCAGGCCACCUGAGUUCAGUUCCCACCACCCACAUGGUGGCUCACAGCCAUGGGUGACUACAGUUCCAGAGAAUCCAACUUCUGCCAUCUGUGUGCACAAGGGUUGCCCACGGUGCUCACACAUACAGACAUUCAUAUAUUAAAAAUAAAAUAAGAUGUAUGUAAAUCAUUUAAAGAGCAGGAAAAUCACAUAUACAAUAUACAAUGCGGUACCCACGUUAUUUUAAUGAAUAAGAUAAAAAUUAUUCCUAUUUUUUAUAAAGACAGUCAUAGAAUAUUUGUAAGCCAUAUUUUAAAAGCUACAUUAAUUGAAAUGAACACAUGAAAACUAUUAGUGCCUGUCUCAUAAGGUCUAUGUGGUAUGGAAGACAAUGGUUUUAGUUGCGUUUGUUGUGAGUAGUAGAAAAGCAGUGAAUGGAGUUUUAUUUGUAGUUCUUUUUCCUAUUCUGGAAAGAAAUAGAUUUGAUAUUCCAAUGAAAAUGGGUCAAAAAACUUGCUUUAUUUGAAUAUCAUUUGCUUUGUAAUGUGCUGUGUGUUGGUGCUGAUGGAGUGCAGGAUGGUGUUUUAUGUUGCUAAUCAGUCAAGCCAGGAAUUGAGUCAUGGCAAGAAGCUCAUAGAGGAUAUAAAUUAGAGGAGAUAAUGAGUCAUUUGCAUAGCUUCUGUUUACAUUGUAUAUGAGUAAAAGAAUUACUGCCUGCUUAUGUAGUUAAGCUAAAUUUUCCCCAUAAAUAGUAUUUCAAAAGUCUUUCAAUAUAUUUAAGAGUUGAAAGUGUGACCUCUAGGUAGGCCACUGAUUGUUAGUACUGUACUUUAAAAUAGUGAGUUAACAGCCAAUUUUUUUAUAAGCAAUCCUUUAUUUUAUCAAAUUUUAAAAUUUCUAUCUAAAAAUAAAUGAUCUGUUUUUUAAGUCACAUAUUGGUGCAAAGGCAUGAGUUAUGACCAUGUAGAAAACUCGCCGUUUCUGUUUUAUGAGACACUGCCGUUCUUUACCAACUCAUGGUGAUACUGUUAGUGCUACUUACUCAUUUUCUUUUCUAAAAUCUAUUUCUGUUUCAUUUACAUAAGAUAACUGUUCCAUGUGCUUCAGUGUUUGAGACUGUGCCUUCAAGAUGGUAACUAUAGAAAGACUCACAUUCCAAGAUUUCCUUAGUGAAAAAUCUGCCACUUUUAUUUAAUUCCUUGGGAUUAUCCCCUGUUUUUCCUUAUUUCCACUUGGCUGGAAAUGCAGAGGGUGGUUUCAGCCUCCAAACAGCUGCCUGCUCCAUGCAUAUUUCAGCCUGUUUGGAUCAAAGGUGCUUUUAUAGUAUCAACAACUGCCCACAGUUUUAUAGAUAAUACUUUCAAAGAAAUGGUGACUCAUUAGGCGUCUGACAGCCACGUGGAUGACUGCUGCAACUCAAUAGUAAACACACUAGCUCACUUUAGUAUGUACACUACUGAUUUUUAAGCUGAAUUAAUUAUCGGUUGGAAGACCUGCUUGCUACAUCUUUGUUACUUCUUGAUGAAGCCAAUAAAGGCAGUAUUGAAGGCAGGGGGAUGGUGGGGGGGUGGAGGAGAAGACAAAGGCUCAGUUACCUCUCUGCAGCAGUAACUGUGUUUUGAGCACUUCCUGUGACUGUGGUUUGCACAGCAUGUUGUGGGAAAAUGAGUUAGAUCUUUGAGUGUUACAGCUCUAAGUGGGCUGUGCUUGGUCUGAUAAAAAGGCACAUUUUGAUGGUAGACCUCAUAUGUUCUUACUGAUGACCCUUAAUAGCUACAGGCUCAGAACUACAGUCAUAUCUUCCCAGGAGACAAGACAUUAUGGGUUCCAGCUCCUAGAAUUGAAGGGUCUUGUUUCAGAGAAUUUACAAAUUAAUCCUUUCCUAGAAUUUCUCUAUUAUUCUACUUACUAAAUAAUACAAUCAAAUAUUAUCUUAAAGUUGAAAAGUACUUUGGAGAAAAAAAAACCCACAAAAUCCAGCCACAUUAUUUGCAGUGGAUGAAUGUUUAAAGCAGGAGAAAUUACUUACUUACUUCACCUUAUUUCAGAUACUAGUCAAUAGCACGGUUUAAUACCCUGAAGGCAAAAAUCCUGUAUCAUUAAACCUAUGUUUUCCUAUAUGUAUGUAGAUAUAUGGUAGUGAUUAUUUGACAAACCACCAGAAUUCUCUUAUGAUUUGAGUUACUCAGCCAUCUUCUUGGAGAGACUUGCUAGCCAAUCCUUUUCUCUGAGCAUUUCAUUACUGCUGUUGCAAAAUCUGCAACUAAGUUUUAAACAAGGUUCUUCUUGAUAUUAUCUAUGUCCAGAGUGUUUCACUCUUAGAAGUUUCUACAAUUGGUAGCAAUUGCAGUAUAUGCUUCAUUUCAGAAGCUUGUAUACUUUGAAUGCAGACAUUGGCCCCAAUUUCUAUUUCUGUCAAUGGGUUUCAGUACAGUAAUAAUGAGAGUCAGUGCUUUUCAACAUGUGGGAAUUUUGCAAGCAUAAGUAUCAGAUAUGUUUUCUACCUUUGCCAACAGGAUGCAAAAAUGUAGUUAAGUCUCUCUAAUGCUGUUCUGGCUGCCUGUGGUUUUAUACUAAGCACGUUCCUGAGAAUGCAUUACAACUGGUCUCUUGUGCUAGAUGCUUGGAGAACUUAAUUUGUCUUCUCUCUCAGAUAAAACCCAAACCCUGAAUUUCAUAGUGCAUAGUUCUUAUUGUACUGAGACUUACAUGGUAGUCAUGCACUGGGAAGGGAAAGUUUUAGUUAGUAAUUCAGGAUUCAGUCAACCUGCACACCUCUUUAUUUUAGUAUAUCUGGACUUACUUUGCUGAAAUAUGGGGUUACACAUUUUAUCUAAGUAUUUGACAUGCUAAGUUUUUCUUCUUCCAUCAAAGAGUAGAGAAAUUCUUAUGUGUGUUGGUUUGUUCAUGUAAAGGUAUUAGACACUGUAGAUAAAUGUACUUCACACCCCUUCCAUUCUUCUGCAAACAUCAUUAAGUGGUUCUGGUGGAGUUGCCUUAGCCCAGCAGUAGUCAAGGUGACAAAUGUAAUUUGAUCUGUGCUCCAGUUGUAAUUUACAAGCAUGCUAAGACCUGUGUUGGAUCUAGACUGUGUUUCUCAUGACCUUGGAGCAUUAGACACAUGGCAGGAGCAUGGUAGCUUUAUUCUGGUGAUAUCAACACAGAAUUAGAAAGAUGCUGUCAAGACAGAAUGGUGCCCUGUGUUCUCUUUACUCCUCAUUUCUGGCAGAGUCCUUUACCUUGGCAUUGGGAUGAUGAUCCUUGGUGAAGGUGAUGGCUAUAGUUUGCACAAACCUCACACAAUGUCUUACAUUGAGUAGCGAAUACUUAAAGGGUAAGAUGGCUUUGGUACAAAAAUGUUGAAUAAUAAAUUGUGAGCAGUGCAGAGAGUGCAGAGGAACUGUUAUUUGUGGAUCUUGUGGUGUCUUCAAAUUCCUUGGCUCUGGUGUUGUGACAACAUGUGAUAUAUGAAAUCAUGUGGGUUCUUCUACAGCUGAAUGACUUCCCCCUAGGGAGAGCUCUGCUGUAGCAAACUCAUUGUGGGAUGGUGUCCAUGGUCUGAUUGUACAAGUGGGAAAGCAUAGAGAAAUGUGUGCUGUCUGAUGGAAAUGUUUCUUGUCCAUGUUUUCAUAUGGAAUGCAUUUUGGUGCAAUAUGACGUCACUCCAAUUCACAAUGUUGAGUUAUAUUUCAGUUGUAUUUGUGGAGUUGCCCAUUUGUUAUGCUUCUAGCUGCUUCGAUAUUUGUGUGUCUUUCUUGUACAUAAUUUCACUUGAAAAUAAGUGGAGAUUUGAAUAAAUAUUUGAUAGUUUACA